GGGCUGUCAUGUGAUUAGCAGGGUUCAAUGAGAGCUGUUUGCCCCACCCAUCUCUUCAACGCUGUCUAUCUCAAUGUAGAAUUCACUGAGAAAAGGAAAUAAUCGCUAAAAAUACACCCUCGAAAAGGAUUCUUUCGCCAGGAUUGGGGAUUCAACGCGCUCCGUCCGUAGGGAAUCCAUCGCUGUCGUUGUGGCAUCGGAUUUAUCUUCACGUAUCCAAAUGCACAUGAUCUACCACCCGAAUUCAACAAGGAUACAAAACGUAGCCUGACAGCGGACUCGGACUGCGAUAACCGGUAAAAUAUCGACGGAAUCGGUCGCAUUUGCAUCUGCGGUAGAAAGAACCGUAAGGAUCGCCGCUCGCGUCAAAGCAAAGCCUACGGAUGUGAGGAGAAAUUCAAAUUACGGUAACGGAGAAGACGGCGAAGGGCCUCGUUUGAUUUGGACAAACCGAAAAAAAAGCCAUCAUUCACCAUAAGCAAAACAGGAGGGAAAAUAGCGUCAAUCUGAGGGGAAUUUUUCAGCAUCUCCACCGUAUUUUUCUCGCAGACAACGUCGUUUCGUGACGGAGUUAAAAGGUUCAUGUCGGCCACGGCGCAGGGCGGAAUGAUCCACAUGCCGUCAUUUUGGUGGAAAUAUUUAUUUUUUUAAUUUGUAGCCACCCUUUCUGUCUCGUUCUGCCCGUGUCGUUGCAUCGGCCAACGGAUUCGACAGUAAGAUACCGAAAAGAAUCGCGUUUUGUGGAGCUAUUCAUGAUUUUAAUAGGAGUCGGUCGUUAUUUCGGGAAACCGACCAUGGAUUCGCGACGGGAAAUUUGCUAAAUCUCCGUCGUGGGAAAGCCGAAAUCAUUCAUGUAACGUCGAAGGCUUCGCUGAAUGCACAUACAUACACAGAAAUCUCAUAUUUGAUAGCAGCAAGCGCUCGACGGGACUCGGCCGUCUGUAGGCCGGCCUAGUGUUUUCUCCACCAGCUCUUCUCAACAAUACCAGUCACUCAUAGCUUUCAUAUUUCCCCGUGCUCCCUUAUCAGCUAAAGCCAGGGAAGUUAUGUGCAUACUAGUAUAAAUGUCCCGGUUUUCCAUCAAAGUGUUCUGAUCGGAGGCCAGUCAAGUCAUUUGGAUCAUUUAUUCACACGGUAGAUACACUUCUAGCCCCCCCACCCCAAAACUUUUCUUGGGUUUUUGGGAAAAUGGGUUGUUUGGGCAACAGUAAAACUGAGGACCAGCGAAAUGAGGAGAAGGCCCAGCGAGAAGCUAACAAAAAGAUAGAGAAACAGCUCCAGAAAGACAAACAGAUCUACAGAGCAACUCAUCGACUGCUGCUGUUAGGGGCUGGAGAAUCGGGGAAAAGCACCAUAGUCAAACAGAUGCGCAUAUUACAUGUCAAUGGCUUCAAUGCUGAAGAGAAAAAACAGAAAAUUCAAGACAUCAAGAAUAAUAUAAAAGAAGCUAUAGAGACUAUAGUGACGGCAAUGUCCGUGUUGGCACCUCCAGUCCAGUUAGCCUGUCCAGCAAAUAAGUUUCGAAUUGAUUACAUCCUCAAUUUAGCCAAUCAGAAGGACUUUGAGUUCACAUCGGAAUUUUAUGAACACACAAAGACCCUGUGGCAGGAUGAAGGGGUGAGAGCUUGCUUCGAAAGAUCCAAUGAAUAUCAACUGAUCGACUGUGCACAGUAUUUCCUGGACAGGAUUGACACUGUGAAACAGAGCGACUAUACUCCCACUGAUCAGGACUUGCUCAGAUGCAGAGUUCUGACUUCUGGGAUCUUUGAGACCAGAUUCCAAGUGGACAAAGUUAAUUUUCAUAUGUUUGAUGUUGGCGGACAGAGAGACGAACGCAGAAAAUGGAUCCAGUGUUUUAAUGAUGUGACUGCUAUCAUAUUUGUGGUAGCCAGCAGCAGUUAUAACAUGGUGCUCAGAGAGGACAAUCAGACCAACAGACUCCAGGAGGCACUAAACCUGUUCAAGAACAUCUGGAAUAACAGGUGGCUUCGAACUAUUUCUGUCAUUCUGUUCUUAAACAAGCAGGACUUGCUGGCUGAGAAGGUGUUGGCGGGAAAAUCAAAAAUUGAGGAUUACUUCGCUGAGUUUGCACGCUACACUACACCAGAUGAUGCAACACCAGAGCAAGGGGAAGAUCCACGAGUUACAAGAGCAAAAUAUUUCAUCCGAGAUGAGUUCUUGAGGAUCAGUACAGCGAGUGGAGAUGGACGGCACUACUGCUACCCCCACUUCACCUGCGCCGUGGACACGGAAAACAUCCGCAGAGUGUUUAACGACUGCAGAGACAUCAUCCAGCGCAUGCACCUACGACAGUACGAACUCUUGUGAUCGCAGCAGGGAUGACGGGACGCAAACUCACCUCCUGAACUUUCUUUAGGCCCCCCUGCCCUACAUCACGCCCCAAUAUCAAACCAGAAACCUUCAAACUGAUGAGUCCCCACCUUUUACACUUAACACGCACACACAUGCAUAUUAUAUGUAUAUAUACACAUACUUGUAUGUAUAUAUAUUCAUAUAUAUUUAUAUAUAUAUAUACAUACGGACACACACACACAUGGCCUUUCUCCAUCCUGAGUGACUAGGGGCUGGGGCAAGGGGACGCACUGUGUUACUGAUGAAAGCGUGGCUGUGAUAUCUGGCAAAAAGACUUGUUAACACAGCCAAGGACUACCGAUGUUAAUAAAAAGAGAGAGAGGAAAACUAAACAUGUGAGAGGGAGAAGGAGGGGGGAGAGAAAAGAGGGAAGAAAAAAAACUGUCCAGGACUGCUCAGGACAAGGAAGCCAUUUCGUACACAUACAGACACAUAAUGCGUCCAGCUGAACUCCUGACACGCAGUCUUAUGUAUGUUACACGUCAAACUUGUCUUUUUCCUGAUCAUAUGCCUAAACACACGUUACUUAUAUUGAUGCGCACGCACAUACACACGCUAUUCUUAUCCUCCACCUUUUUGGUCCUGUUGAACAUUUAGUGUCUGUGCGAGCCUGGCACGAUCCCUCACCUUUUCCCAUUUCCCCUUUUCGCAAAAGCCACAUCCCACCCCCAAAGGUGGACUGACCCAACCCCCCCUCCCCCUGAAGGAGAGCAAAAUGAUGGACUGUCUGUUAAAAAACGAAACAAAAAACACAGAAUGUAGAGCAAAAUGUCUUUUUCCCCCCAACAAAAACAGAGGGUUUGGAGCAUUUACUGCCCCGGGUUGUGUUACGUGUGGAGCAGAGAAUGACUUGAACACAAGACCCAUCACAUGACUCGCUUCUCAAGAUGCAUCGCAGGAAAGGCGAGCGCAUGCAAUGCUAGAUUCAUGCAGAACGGUGAACUAAAUGCAGUGCAAAAAAAAUCCAUAUAUAUAUAU